AUGGAAGACGACGAACAGAGAAUAGUAGAUCUGGUUAAAGAACUAGUGCAUCGCUUACUCUACGAUUCUCAAAACCCUAAUUCCUCCUCCUCUACAGUUCCCGCUCGACAGAAAUACAAUCAAGCUCUUAAAUACUCUCUCCGCAUUCUCUCAAGCCGCAUGACCCCGUCGAUAGUUUCUGACGAUUCCGCUAUGGUGGAGUCCAUCAAACGCCACCUUGUUACCUCCGGUAAGUCCUCCGAAGCCCUUACUUUUGCCGACCUUUACUCCAAAUUUUCACUGAAAUCCGGGCCUGGAAGCGUAAAGAACAAAUGGGCUGUCGUCUAUUUGCUCAAGACAGUUUCAGAGGAUCUAAAAUCUCGGAAGAACCAAUCCCCCAAUAUAAUUUCUGGUGGGUUCUUAGACUCUGCAUUGACUGGUGGAUUGCCUACAUUGCUUGAAAACGCUGAAUUUAAUAAUAAUUCUGGAGGUAUUGGCAACUUGAUUAAGAAUUUGAAUGUUGAGGAAUCUAAGGAUGGUCCUGAUAAUCUGUUGGGUCUGGGUUAUAAUUUUCAAUCAUUGAGUAAUAUGGGAAAAUUGAAGAAGAAUCGAGGUGAAGGAACACUGGGCGAUUAUUCUAGUAACUUGAAGCGUUUAGGUGAUAAUUUGAGUGGAUUGAGAGUAGGAGAGAAUUUCAAAGCGGGAUUGAAAGGAGGGGUAUUGAUGGUAUCCAAGGACCCAGAAAAUAUUCGUGAACUGGCGUAUAGAGAAUAUGCAGACUUGGUAAAGGAAGAGAAUGAGGUGCUAGAAGAGGUUUUGGUGAGGGAUGUAUUAUAUGCAUGCCAAGGGAUUGACGGUAUGUACGUGAAGUUUGACGAGAAGAUAGAUGCAUAUGUGUUGCCAGAUUUCAUCAAGGUGUCAAGGGCUACUAGGAUACUGGUACGGAAGCUCUGCGAGAUUGGGUGGUUGUUUAGGAAAGUGAUGGGAUAUAUAACAGAAAGUACGGCUCGGUUUCCAGAUGAGGAUGUUGGGACUGUUGGGCAGGCAUUUUUUGCUGCAUUGCAAGACGAGUUGUCUGAUUAUUAUAAGUUACUGGCCGUGCUUGAAGCGCAGGCAAUGAAUCCUAUUCCAUUGGUUUCAGAAAGUGCACAUUCGGGGAACUAUCUCUCCUUGAGGAGAUUGUCAGUUUGGUUUGCUGAACCAAUGGUGAAGAUGAGGCUUAUGGCUGUUUUAGUUGAUUGCUGUAAGGUCUUAAAAGGUGGGGCCAUGGCUGGAGCAAUUCAUAUGCAUGCACAACAUGGUGAUCCACUUGUCAAUGAUUUCAUGAAGAGAUUACUUCGACGAGUUUGUUCCCCACUCUUUGAAAUGGUGAGGAGUUGGGUUCUAGAAGGGGAGCUUGAAGAUAUUUUUGCUGAAUUCUUCGUUUUGAGUCAGCCAGUGAAAGCAGAAUCUCUCUGGAGGGAAGGUUACCAGCUCCAUGCUGCGAUGCUUCCAUCCUUUAUAUCUCAAUCUCUUGCCGAGCGUAUCCUAAGGACUGGGAAGUCUAUUAAUUUUCUUCGUGUCUGUUGCGAUGAUCGUGGUUGGUCUAACGCUACAACAGAAGCGGCUGCUGCAGCCGGAACAACAACUAGGAGAGGUGGUCUUGGAUACGGUGAAACAGAUGCACUGGAAUCUUUGAUAACAGAAGCUGCAAAAAGGAUAGAUAAGCAUUUGUUAGAUGUUUUGUACAACCAGUACAAGUUCAAGGAACAUUGCCUUGCAAUCAAGCGAUAUUUACUUCUUGGGCAAGGUGAUUUUGUUCAGUAUUUAAUGGAUAUUGUUGGUCCAGAGCUGUCUGAGCCAGCCAACACUAUAAGCUCAUUCAAGCUUGCAGGGUUAUUGGAAAGUGCAAUUAGGUCGUCAAAUGCACAGUAUGACGAUCCUGAUGUACUGGAUAGAUUGAGGGUGAAGAUGAUGCCACAUAACACUGGGGAUAGAGGCUGGGAUGUAUUUUCAUUGGAAUACGAUGCAAGAGUUCCACUAAAUACUGUGUUUACUGAAUCUGUUAUGUCAAGGUAUCUACAAGUAUUUAACUUUUUGUGGAAACUUAGAAGGAUAGAGCAUGCACUAAUUUGUGCUUGGAAAACAAUGAAACCAAAUUGCGUCACUUCUCAGUUCUUUGGUAACUUGCCACAUGCUGUUAAGUUGCAGUUGAUACUGACAUCAAGGAAGUGCCAAGUUCUUUGGGACGAGAUGAAUCAUUUUGUUUCAAAUCUGCAGUACUACAUCAUGUUUGAAGUAUUGGAAGUAUCAUGGUCUAAUUUCUUAAAGGAAAUGGAAGUAGCUGAAGAUCUUGACGAUCUACUCAGAGCACAUGAGAAGUACCUCUAUUCAAUAGUUGAGAAGUCUCUCCUUGGAGAACGAUCUUUAAACCUUAACAAGACCCUCUUUAUUUUGUUUGACCUCAUAGUACGGUUCCAAAGUCAAGCAGAUAGAUUAUAUGAAGGCAUUACUGAGUUGCAAUCAAGGACCACAGGCUCUUCUUUUCCUUCUCGGUCUAACGCCAAAUCUCAAAGGCAAUCAAAUAACAAAUCUUCAGAACCUGGGUCAUGGCUAGGUGAAGGUAGGAAGGAUUUAACAAGACAUGCUGGGGAAUUUCUCCGAAAGAUGGGAAAAGAUAUAGAAAAAAUUGCAAAGGAAUACUCAUCUGUUUUUGAGGGAUUCAUUUCUCAGUUGCCCAUCCAACAGCACGUGGACUUGAAGUUCCUCAUGUUCAGACUUGACUUCACUGAAUUUUACAGCCAUUUGAGACCUAGCACAGGAAGGAAGCUGUAA